CAAGGAGAUAAAUAUUGUUUCUAAAAGAAAAGAAGGAUACCCCGGUGUUAUCUGUGUGUCUGUAUAUGUGGGGUAACUUAAAUCCGUCAAACGCUGUGUUAUCCCGGGCUGCAGGCUCGUGCCCGCGUUAUCCCGGGCUGCAGGCUCGUGCCCGCGUCUCUGCACAGCCUCCCGAAGGACGCCAACUGCUGAAGUUCCUCUUUAACGAUAUUCCCGAUCGUUACAGUCCGACAUUAACGAUCUGUUCAGCGCAUUUCAGUCCGGACUCUUUUGUGAACCUGUCUCAGUUUAAUGUGGGCUAGUAAACUCUUGCUGAAGGAAGGGAGAGUGAGAGAGUGUCGACUGUAUUUGACCCGACACCAAACCCGCCAGCCGGAAGUGAGAUAUGACUCACUCUUUUCUGCAUGUGAAGAAGUUGGCUGGAGAUAACCGGAAAUAACAGAAAUAAAGAUCCAGCUUUGAUUGUCGAAAGAAUUCCUGGUGCCGUUUACUCUCAGCCAACAAGAUCAUCCCAUUGCCUGCAACAUUGUCAGACGAGUCCGAAGAAAUCCAGUGCAGCCACUUCUGAGCCCGUUGAGGAGAUGCCAUCCAUACAAAUCAAGACUGAGCCGGAGGAGGUGGAGUGUACGGUGAAAGAAGAGCCAUUAGACGAUUAUCCUGAGCCCACAGACCUCAAAAUCAAGUCGUCCCCGCCUCCGCUGUGUGACAUCAGCGCCCGACACGGCGAUGACGACCAGACGGAGCCAGUGGACCUGUCACUCAACAAGCCCCGCCCCUCCCUCCCGGUAGCCACGGCGACCUCCACCCCUGCCAACCCGACCCUCCAGAACAUAAGCGCCACCAUCCCGACGGUGCUGUCGGCGGGCUCCAUCCUGGCGUCCACGCAAGGGGUCGGAGGUCAGCAGAUCCUCCAUGUCAUCCACACCAUCCCCUCAGUGAGCAUGCCCAGUAAGAUGGGGCAGCUGCAGACCAUCCCCGUGGUGGUGCAGUCCUUACCCGUGGUCUACACCACCGUACCCACAGACGGAGUCGCCACCGCCGCCAUCACGGUCCCGCUCAUCGGGAGCGACGGCCGGUCGGAGGGGUCAGUGCGUAUAAAGCCGGGCUCGACCUCUCCGGUGGAGUUUCAGUCGGACAGCGAUGUGGAGAGCGGCACCGAGUCUGGGUCGGCCUCGUUCAGCGUGCAGGGCAUGGAUCCCAGUAUGAAUACAGACGUGGACAUCCAAGUGGACCCCGACUCGCCGGACAUGAAGAGGAGACGCGUGCACAUGUGCGAUUACGACGGAUGCAACAAAGUCUACACCAAGAGCUCACAUCUCAAAGCCCACCGGAGAAUACACACGGGUGAGAAGCCGUACCAGUGCACAUGGGAGGGCUGUACCUGGCGCUUUGCCCGUUCGGACGAGCUGACGCGACACUUUCGCAAACACACCGGCAUCAAACCCUUCCGCUGCACCGACUGCGACCGCAGCUUCUCCCGCUCCGACCACCUGGCCCUGCACCGGCGGCGCCACGUCAUGAUGUGAACCCUCUCGCGCCGACGACGAUCACAGCGGUUCCCCUCCUGUUUCAGCUCACCCACCCGUGACCCGUCCACCGCGACCUCAUCAGGACACACGUGGAGACGCAUGCCUGAUCAUCAGACGAUACUUGAAGGACUGCAGGAAAGGCUGGGAGAGAUGGAGAAAGAUGAAAGCAAACGAUUUUAUGCAAGAUGGUUUGGGAAAGUAAAGUUAUGUAGUCAUUUUAAUGAGAUCGUGGUUGGAGAUGCAUCUACCGCUGCCUUGAUGAAUCUGUGCGUUUCUGUUUGUUUGUGAGCGCGGUGUUAAGACAGCUGAAGAUGUACGCUCGUUUUACUUUUAUUUAACAAAUCAGCUUGUGUAUCGACCCUAACCCCGAUGAGAAGUAGAGGCAGGGGCUGACAAGACUGUGAAUUUUUGUAAAAUAUUUUUCUUGGUUAGUAUCUGUUGUCUGAGCAUCUUCCCAGAAAUAGUUUGGCGCAAAAAAAAAAAAAACAGUAUUUCUUUUUGUUUUUUAAAAGACAUUUUAAUUGCAUCUAACAUAAAGAACACCUUUUAAUUAAUAUUCAGAUAUUAUUUCAUAAGGCUGUGAAAAAAAAAACAUUUAAAAAAAGCCUCAUAGCUGGCAGGGAAAGGGGGGCUUACUAAAAUUGGUGUGUGUGUGUGUGUGUGUGUGUGUAUAAGCACAUUUGUUUGCAUAUUUGUAAAAAAAAAACAAAAGACAUAAUCAGAGAUAUAAUAGUACAGAUGCAUCGUUACUUCUAGCCUUAAUUGAAGUAAAGGUGCGGAUCUGGUUCGAGACGGGACCCCUAUUUUUGUGAGAACCCCUCGUUCACCGACACACACACACGCCGUCACCGCUCAGCCCUCAUGUGCAUGAUAUGCAGAAAUACCCCCCCAACCACCCAGAAUAUGUUGAAGUUCCUGGACGGAGAUAUAAUGAAAAUGUUGCACAUGUAAAUCUGCGAGGAGACACUCGUCGCUCGUUAGGUCAGGCCGACGGAGUGCUAACGCUAACGCUUGCUCGAGUCCAGCCUUCGAGAGUGUGUGUGUGUGUGUGUGUGUGUGUGUGUGUGUGCAGAUGCACCAGAUCUGGUCCAGUCGGGAGGUUUUGUAUCGUUCUCUUGCUUCGACUCAAAGUUAUUAAGCACAUCUUUCUAGAAGAGUAUAUGCAUUUGAUUGCGAUCCCUUUCUUUUUUUAAAAACUGUUCAUAAACUUACGAUGAAUAAUUAAAGAGUUAAUGUACAUACUGUAUAUAAUCUACAAAGUUCUUGAAUCAAUGUAACGGGUGGAUUUCUAUUUUUAACACUGACUAGAUAAUGUGAAAUACUCGUUUCUUUUGUUGUUUCUUUGAAUCUUCUUCUUUUUUUAGAGUCCCUAACGUGUUGUUCACCCCUAAAGUGUUGCAUGGAGAGUGGAGUUUUCUUUGUGACGUCGUCGUCGGUGAGCAUGUCAAGCGCCGCUGCCCUGACAGAUGUGGCCUAUAAGCACUGAUAAUCCACAUGAAAUGUGUGCAACCGUGGCCAUUCGUAGCAUAUGCAUGGCCUAUUUAUAACUACUACACGACAUGCUGGUAAAACAUGUACCUUCACACCAUCCGAAAUUGACUUUAUUGUAUUCCAAGAUGGCGUAAUGUCCGGAGUCAGCCUCUAUCGAUGUUGAAGUGCCCACGACUGAAUCUUGUGACAUGCUUGUCUAUCUAAAAGUAUGUUUGCUUUCAUUACUUGCAUAUGAUUUGUUUAAAAUAGUGUGCUCAAAUCAUGAGAGUUUGGGUUUCGUGUGAGUGUGUAUGUGUAUGUGUGCAAGUGUGGUUAUUUCCAUUUAAAUUCUCUUUUAAACUUUCAGAAUCAUAGGUAUUUUAUAUUGAAUGCAGUAACUUAUGGGCCAGUACUAUAUUACUCAGUGCAAUGCAGUUAUCAUUAUAACAAAACAAGUAAUUAAUGUUAUUUCUUUUGUAUUUGUACAGAACAAGUCUGUAAAGAUCAGCGAGGAAAACAUGAGAUUUUUGAUACUGUGAGAAAUGGUGUUAAAAGUCAGUUUCCCUUGUACAGUUGUGAUUGAUUACCCACUCCUUUUAUAGAAUAAAAUGUUUUGGUGCAACA